AUGCUGUCGCGACAGGCCGUUGCGCGCCUUUCUCCGCGGACGAGCAGUGCACAGCUCAUAUUCAGGCGGGGAUCUCAGAGAUAUGAUGCUGUGGCAUCCAAGCGGAUAAACUUGGUGGAUAGGAACUUCUCUGCUCGACGAUUAUACUCUUCGAAUACUCGUGGACCCUUAUUCCGCCCACUGGCCCCUUGGGCGCUCUUGAGAGCGCCCCGUCCCCAGCCAAAUAUCCGAUUUCUAUCUGGCAAGUCCCUUCCACAAGGGCGACUAUGGAUCCUCAACUUCGCCUACCGAUCUGCCGCAUGGUUUGGGGGGACAAUAGUUAUUCUGGGAGCCGGGGUGGUAGCUUUCUUCCUCUACGAUGCGUCGACAUACCGCGAAACCUCGUCCUAUCAAGAUAUCCAUGUUGCAGAGAACGCACUCAGUCCUAUAAGAGGAGGCCCGAAGAACCUGCCUAUAUACGAUAUACAGAUAGAUGACGACGACACUGCUGAAAUGCAAACACAAAAAGACAAGCCCAAGUUGGUUAUUCUUGGAGGUGGAUGGGGAGGUGUUGCGCUACUCAAAACAUUGGAUCCAGACGCAUACCAUGUCACCUUGGUUUCACCGACCAACUACUUCCUUUUCACACCAAUGCUGCCCUCCGCCACGGUUGGGACGUUGGAACUCCGCUCGUUGAUAGAGCCGAUUAGACGUAUUGUUUCGAGGGUCAAGGGCCAUUUCAUAAGGGCAAAGGCAGAAACUAUCGAGUACUCUGAGAAAUUGGUGGAAAUGUCACAGAUGGAUUAUAACGGAAAUGAGGUUCGGUUUUACUUGCCCUACGACAAGCUUGUUAUCAGUGUGGGAUCAACUACCAACCCUCAUGGAGUCAAGGGUUUGGACAAUUGCCACUUUUUGAAAGAUAUAGAGGACGCACACACGAUCCAGAAUCAUAUUCUGACCAAUUUAGAGAAUGCUUGCCUGCCGACAACAUCGGAUGAGGAGAGAAAGCGGUUGCUUUCGUUCGUUAUUUGCGGUGGCGGCCCAACUGGAGUUGAAUUCGCUGCUGAGCUCUUUGAUCUGCUCAACGAAGACAUUACCAGAUGGUUUCCCAAGAUUCUGAGGAAUGAAGUAUCUGUCCACUUAAUUCAGAGUAGAGGGCAUAUUUUAAAUACAUACGACGAAGCUGUCUCGAAAUACGCGGAAGAUCACUUCUCUCGCGAUCAGGUCGCGGUUCUCACCAACUCGAGGGUGAAGGAAGUCACGCCUCGCUCCAUCCUUUUCACUCAGAAGGACGACAAUGGGGAACCCGUUAUAAAGGAGCUUCCAAUGGGGUUCUGCCUGUGGUCUACAGGCGUGUCACAGACUGAGUUCUGCCAAAAGGUUUCAGCUGCCCUGGGAUCUGCCCAAACGAACCGUCAUGCUCUCGAAACAGAUACUCAUUUACGACUUAAUGGGACGCCCUUAGGAGACGUAUAUGCUAUUGGGGACUGUUCAACCGUGCAAAACAACGUUGCAGAUCACCUUGUGACAUUUCUCCGAACAAUAGCAUGGGAGAAGGGCCAAGACCCAGAGACAGUACACCUCACGUUCGGCGAAUGGCGCGCGGUCGCCCAGAGAGUGAGGAAACGAUUCCCUCAGGCAGCGGACCACUUGAAACGUCUAGAUAGGCUAUUUUUUGACUACGACAAGGAUGAAUCAGGCACCCUUGAAUUUAGUGAACUGCGAGAGCUGUUGAUGCAAAUUGAUAGCAAACUAACAUCCUUGCCCGCGACGGCUCAACGAGCACACCAGCAGGGCCGAUACCUUGGGCAUAAAUUUAACAAGAUGGCGAAAGCGGCGCCGGGCAUGAAAGCCAAUGAUAUCAUUCAUGGAGAUCUAGAUGAGACUGUCUUCAAAGCGUUCGAAUACAAUCAUCUAGGAAGCCUGGCAUAUAUUGGGAACUCGGCCGUCUUUGACCUCGGUGGUGGCUGGAGUGUUAUGGGAGGGCUGUGGGCCGUUUAUGCUUGGAGAAGCGUGUAUUUUGCGCAGAGCGUCAGUCUAAGGACGAGGAUCUUGCUCGCUAUGGAUUGGGCUAAGAGGACUUUAUUUGGACGAGACUUGAUCAGUUGGUAG